GGGAGCCGUCGUCUGAAGGCUGCCGCUAGGCUGCCGGGCGCUAGGACGCCCGCCAGGUCCCCGAAAAGAGGAGGAGGCUCUAGUGUUGUUCUCCGGCUGCAGCCAAUUCCUUGCUUCCAGCCUGCGUGGGGGAAAGGGGCACCGGUUUGGGCGCGAGCCCUGAUUGGUCGGGAGGUGGGCGGGGAGGCUGGCGUCGGCCGCCCUCCCCGCGCCUUGCGGAACCGCCCGUCCGCCUCCCCUGUCAUGGUGCUGGGCCCACUUCUAAGCUCUCGGAGUCUCACCUCUUUAGCGGCCGCCUGCGCCCGCCGCGGCCUGGGUCCAGCCUUGCUGGGAAUCCUCUAUCACACGGAUUUGAGGAAGAACUUGACUGUGGAACAGAGCGCCAUGAAGGUUGAGGUACUGCCAGCCCUGACCGACAACUACAUGUACCUGAUCAUCGAUGACGACACCAAGGAGGCCGCCAUUGUGGACCCAGUACAGCCCCAGAAGGUUGUAGAAAUGGUGAAAAAGCACGGUGUGAAGCUGACUACACUGCUCACCACCCACCACCAUUGGGACCAUGCUGGCGGAAACGAGAAGCUGGUCAAGCUGCAGCCCGGACUGAAGGUGUACGGGGGCGAUGACCGGAUCGGGGCCCUGACUCACAAGGCCACACACCUGUCUACACUGCAGGUGGGGUCUCUCACUGUCAAGUGCCUGUCGACACCGUGUCACACUUCUGGACAUAUCUGCUACUUUGUGAGCAAGCCCGGCAGUUCUGAGCCCCCUGCGGUGUUUACAGGUGACACCUUGUUUGUGGCUGGCUGCGGGAAGUUCUAUGAAGGGACAGCAGACGAGAUGUACAAAGCCCUGCUCGAGGUCCUGGGCCGGCUCCCUCCUGACACAAGAGUGUACUGUGGCCAUGAAUAUACCAUCAACAACCUCAAGUUUGCUCGCCAUGUGGAGCCCAGCAACACUGCCAUUCAGGAGAAACUGGCCUGGGCCAAGGAGAAGUACAGUAUUGGGGAACCCACAGUGCCGUCCGUCAUUGCAGAGGAGUUCACCUAUAAUCCGUUCAUGAGAGUGAGGGAGAAGACUGUGCAGCAGCACGCGGGCGAGGCGGACCCUGUCACCACCAUGAGGGCCAUCCGCAAAGAGAAGGACCAUUUCAAGGUGCCCCGGGACUGAGGUGGCCGUGGGGCCUGGGGUGCCCAUGGCUGCUGACUUCAAGUGCAUUUGGGUAUUCAGGUGUUUUAGGUGAACUUUCUGCUGGGAGUGUAGGAAAUUGAGUCUUGGUUUAAUUUUAAAUUAACUUCAGAGUCUUUUGCUUGUGUUAUCAAAUGUUUUAAUGCAUAUUUAUAAGAGAGGAAUUUAGAAAGUAUUUAUCCCUGGAAGUUCUGCUUGCAGACUGUGUAUUCUCUAGCUUUUCUGUGGGGCCCCUGCAUGACACCCCAGUGAUGCCUGUCCGCCUUUUCCCUGUCAAGGCCAGCAGCCCGGUGCUCUCCGGAACAGGGCACAUGGAAGGAAGUAUGCUCUCCUCCUUUCCCUCCCGCAGCUACUUCUAGAAGAAGUCAUCCUCUCAAGAGUUCUGUGUCAUCAUCUUCACAGAGUCAUUUCUGUGUUGAUGUAGUCAGGCCCCAAGCACCUACCUGGGCUGCGUCAUUGAUGCAGUGAGGUUAGAGGCUGGGGCGAGGCCUGGGGGCUUGGGCUGGGAACCCCUGGCAUGCAGUACCCUCGUGGUCCAAACUUCACACACCCCAAUCCCUGCAAAGGCUGGCCUGUCCUGGGGACAUUCCCAGGGACUAUUGUGGACAAAGGAGCUGAUGGGAGGGACAUCAGGAUGCCAUCUACAGUGGACAGUCACUGGGUGCCCAUGUGUCUGUGGGACAUGAAUGUUGGCACCUUGCCGCCCUGCUCAAAGUCUGACCCGCACAGGGCCGAGCAGGCAAAGGUUUCCGGGUCCUUCCUCCCAGCGGCAGUGUGGGAGAGCCUGAGGCUGAGCUCUCCGUGUGGGUGUCCUGACUCUGCAGCUGUACCCUCCGCUUUUGCCUGAGAAAACUUGAACUGUGGCCGUUCUGGGCAGCCACCAUGCCAGGUGUGGCUCCUUAGCUGCAAUGUCAGGCUAGUCCUAGGCUCCGAGCAUGCUGGGUAAGCCCUGCAUGUAGGGAGUCCCUUCCCAGGCAGAGAGGGUGGGCUGUCUGAGCAAGGAGGAGUGAGGAGGGGCAGCCAGGGACUCCUGAGGCACUCAGGGUGUUUAGGUGGGAGGGGGUGCGGAUAGGAUUCGGGUGGGUGGCUCACACCAAGAGGACCAUUAUUGGUGGAAGAAUGAAGGGGUGUUUGUUCCCAAAUAACUUUUCCUGGAUCU